AUGUGGAAAUUAGCUUCAAAAUCCAUCAAGGAAGGCUUUAAAUCAAAGGGAGGAGAAGAUGCUGCCACAAAGCUGAGAAACGCUCCUUCAGAUUCAUCAGGAAAUGGAAGAAAGACAACGAAGGAAGCUAAAUUGGAGUGUCCCAUUUGCUGGGAAUCAUUCAACGUGGUUGAGAAUGUGCCUUAUAUCUUCUGGUGUGGUCAUACCAUCUGCAAGUAUUGUCUCUUAGGGCUACAACGCGCCGUUGUAAUCAAAACCUCAGCUUUACCUUUCCAGCUUCCUUUCUUCGUUGCUUGCCCUUGGUGCAAUUUCCUCUCUUUAAGGCUGGUCUGCAAUGGAACCAUCAAGUUCCCUUCCAAGAACUAUUACCUUCUAUGGAUGGUCGAAAGCAUGAACGGCUGCAGAUCCGAACCGGGCAGUGACAACAAAAGGGUCUCUUCAGGACAGAGAGACAUGAUGAGACAGAGAUCCGAUAUGGCCUCAGAUGAUGAAGGGUUGCUGGAGAAUCGUGGUUGGUGGAAUGGUGUGACCAGGGGAUACUUCAGAAAUGGGAGACUCCAUGACUCGGUGUGUAAGUCAAUGGCUCUUGUUGCUCAUCUAUUGGCUAAGUUUCCUUUGGUGGUCAUAUUCCUGUUGAUGGCUUUAUAUGCAAUCCCUGUGAGUGCUGCAGUUCUUGGGAUCUAUUUCUUUGUCACCUUUGCUUUGGCUGUUCCGUCGUUUCUCGUCCUUUACUUCGCCUUUCCAAGCUUAAACUGGCUGAUGAGAGAGAUUGCAGCCUAA